AUGGCCAACAUUAUGUUGCUAUGUCUCUGGUGGCCUCUGAGACAAAAUCUGAGGAGGAAUCAAGCAAGGCUAAGAAGAAAGGAGAAUUUUCUAGAGUGGUGGGGAAGCCGCACUCUGGUGGAGCCUCGCAAAAAAAGAAAGCUAAAUUUGAACAUGCCCCUAUCAGAAGGCCCAAGAGAGGAAGGUGAUAAUCCUCUGGUGGUAGACAAUUCAACAACCUCUGAGAUACAAAAGGAUGACACUGCACCAAGUGGCAACACAAGUGCACAAGAUAACAGGGAUGGAGUAGAGAAAAAGGAACUUGAGAAAACAAAGAUUAUAUGUAUUUUAGCAUUUCAGAAGCACAGCGAUUUGGCAAUAUCUUGGUGUUACAGGAAAUUGUUCUAUUCGGCCAUGGAAGCAGAGUUAGUAAAUGGUAAUGGCGGCGAGGCAGUGAGUCCCUUUGGCAACCAAGUCAUUUUUGAGGUGGAGCAAUCCAUAGAUGUGUUAAGAGCCAAGAAAACCAUAAAGGACAUUCUUCUGCCAUGCAACCCCCGUUUUUGCAGCAUAAUGAGCGAGGACAAGCAUGGAGUGCUUUGUUGGGUGAAAACUGAAGUGAAUGUGGAUGAUCAUGUAAUUGUUCCAGAGUUUCCUCCAGGCCAAACUGAAUAUGAUGAGUUUGUGAAUGAUUAUAUCUGUAACAUACACCUAACUCCUCUUCCUAAGAAUCGGCCCCUCUGGCAGUUCCACUUUCUCAACUACGAUACAAGCAAGGCGAGAUCCAUAUGCAUUAUAAACAUGCACCAUUCUUUAGGCGAUGGCACUUCUCUCAUGUCCUUACUCUUUUGCUGUUUCACCAGAGCGGACAAUCCCAAUCUUCCCCUCACAUUUCCUUGUUCCAAAUCAGUGCCCCACAAAGCUACUUCACCAUCUUAUUCAUGGCUUUCGGCCAAGUAUAUGUUCCAUAGGCUACUUGUGCUUAUGCUUGUAUUGUGGUAA